GCGCGGGGGGGUGGGGUGUGUGUGUGAGGGGGGGUGGCGGCACCGGGGAACACCUCGUUUGAAGAUAGGGCGCUUAUAAAUACGGCGGCGGGGAUGGGAGCGCAGCCACGGGCGGCGGCGGGCUGACGGCGCGGCGGGGGAGCGGCUCCGGAGCACGGACUCUGCUCGCCAGCAGCCGCCCAGCCCAGCCCAGGCGCGGAGGAGGAGGUCGCCGCUGCCGCCGCCGGAGGAGCCCCGCGGUCCGAGCCGCCCGUCUUGAGGUCGCCCUCCCGCCGGCAUGAUGCAGAUCUGCGACUCGUACAGCCAGAAGUACUCCCUCUUCAACGCCAUGAACCGCUUCAUCGGCGCCGUCAACAACAUGGACCAGACGGUGAUGGUGCCCAGCCUGCUGCGGGACGUGCCGCUGCUGCUGGAGGAGCUGGACGCCGCCGGCGGCGUCUGCCCGCCCCGGGAGUCCGCCCUGCCGCCCGGCGACCCCGGCGCCUUCUUCUCCCGGCGGGACAUGUACAGCCACUACGUGCUGCUGAAGUCCAUCCGCAACGACAUCGAGUGGGGGGUGGUGCAGCCGCCGGCGGGCGAGGAGGCGGCCCGCAAGAAGGACAAGCUGGAGGAGGUCGAGGGGGAGGAGGACCUGGAGAAGCAGUUCCACUACCACCUCAGCGGACUCCACUCGGUCCUCUCCAAGCUCACCCGCAAGGCCAACGUCCUCACCAACAGAUACAAGCAGGAGAUCGGCUUCAGCAACUGGGGGCAGUGAGCGCCAGGGGCGGGGGGGGGACGGGGAGCGGGGGCAAGGGGGCCGCCGGCCCCGCCGGUGUCGGCGCUAGCGGGAGCGGCGCGUCCCCGUCCCCGCCCGGCAGCGCUGUGGCCACCGCGGUGAAGGGGCUGAGCCCCGGGGCUGGGGCUUCCCAGGACUGCAACCGGUUUUCUACCAACGCACAAGCGAGAGAGAGAGAGAGAGAUGUAAAUUAAUCAAUACUAGUUUAUUAAUUAUUUUUUUUCCCCCUCCUCCUUUUUUUUUUUAUUGUACACCUGUACGUGUGCGAGGUGGUGGCAUAGCUGGCGGAUAGGAGGCUCGACACAAGCCAAUGAACACGACAAACUGGCAUAAAAUUGCUUCUGUUACCCGGGAGGGAGCCCAGCAUCCCUCUGUGGCGGGAUGGAUGGCGGGUCCCACGGUUGUACAUGUACUGGAGUUUUAUUUAAAACUUUUUUUACUCAGAUGUAGAGUAUAUUCUAAAAUAAAUGCAAAUGUAUUAACUAAAAGUGACUUAAAACUUUUUGGUAUGAUUUACAUUAAUUAAAUGGUAUUUUUAACAUCUGGGA